AUGCGCUGGAACACAAAAUCUGAUAAUAUUUUGUAUAAUCAACGUACUUUGACAGAAAAUGAUGAUAUACCAUUAACAAAACGAGAAGUGUUGCGCCAGUCGUCAAGAAUAUUUGAUCCGCUUGGAUUAAUAUCACCAGUUACUGUGACAUCAAAACUCUUUAUGCAAAGAUUAUGGAAAGAGAAGUUAGAUUGGGACGAACUAUUACCGAGUACUUUAAAAGAAGAAUGGAAAUUUAUCGCUAUGGAAAUAGAAGAGGCAACAAAAACAGAAAUUUCCCGCCAAAUAACACCUGAAUCUGAUGCGCAAGAGGAGACUGAACUUCAUAUAUUUACAGACGCAAGUCAACAAGCAUAUGGCGCGUGUGCCUAUUUAGUUAAAGGGAACACAUCUAGUCUAAUCAUUACAAAAAACAGAGUCGCUCCGGUAAAAACUAUAACUUUGCCACGUUUGGAAUUAAUGGGUGCGCUGAUUGGCGCCAGAUUAGCAAACUAUUUAGUAGGAUUUAUUGACAUAAACAAGAAAUAUUUUUGGAGUGACAGUCAAAUAGUGUUGAGUUGGAUAUCGUCAACAAAAACGUUACCUACAUUUGUGUCUAAUCGUGUCAAAGAAAUUCGAAAAUUGGCCGCAAACAGUGAUUGGAGAUAUUGCCCAACAGACCAAAACCCAGCAGAUUAUCUUACCCGCGGAAUUACGGCAAAACAGCUCAUGAAUAGUGCACUUCGGAUAAAGGGACCAAAAUGGAUCGCCAACAAGACAGAAUGGCCAAGCUGGACAAGAAAUGUGGAAAACUGUAACACAUUUUCAACAAUUACAGAGGAAUAUAUGGACGCUGAGAUACAUGUAACAAAGACAAGUUGUAUUCAAAUUAAAAAAUAUAGCUCGUUAAGUAAAUUGAUUAGAAUAACAGCAUAUGUGUUAAGAUUUAUUCGUAAUCUGAAGACCCGUAAAAGGGAGCGAACGAUUGGAAUACUCAGCAUUCAAGAAAUCGGAGAAGCCGAAAUUACACUUAUUCGUAAUGUUCAGCGGACGACAUUUGAACUCGAGAUUGAUAGUUUGAACCCAUCAUCGAAACAUAAAGUUGCUAUAGUUAGACAACUUAGACUUUAUUUGGACGACAACGGAUUAUUACGCUGCGGAGGAAGACUAAACAACGCACCAUUAGAUUAUAAUACGAAGUAUCCAAUUUUGUUACCAACGAAACACCAUUUUACGUCAUUGAUAAUUAGAGACAUGCAUCACAAAAAUCUACACUCUGGACUAAACAGCACAAUUGCGCAUAUUCAGCAGAAGUUUUGGAUUCCGAGAAUUCGUCAAUGUGUGAAAUACCAUCUUAGAAAAUGCUCACAGUGCAAUAAAGUAACAGGAAAACCUUACCGCGCACCUGAGCCACCGCCGCUUCCGAAAGAUAGACUUAACGAUGAAUACCCUUUUUUUGUUACAGGUGUUAACUUUACAGGCGCUUUGGGUACAAAAGGACAAAAUAACAUUGACUGCAAAACUUAUAUUUGCCUGUUUACAUGUGCAGCAACACGAGCAGUACAUCUAGAAAUUGUACCGGAUAUGAAAGAAGAGUCAUUCAUGUUAGCUUUUAGGAGAUUUGUGGCACCUCGUUCACUUCCAAGAAUAAUGAUGUCAGAUAACGCUAAUACAUUUAAAGCUGCAGCCCAAUCAAUUCAACAGAAAGUGGUGGAGCGUGGAACCGAAUGGAAAUUUAUCCCAAACAGAGCCCCAUGGUUUGGUGGAUGGUGGGAAAGAUUUAUAGGAUUAACCAAAAAUGCUAUUAAAAAAGUAUUAGGUCGAUCAUUUGUUACUAUUGACAUGCUUCGAACCAUAGUGACUGAAAUUGAAAGCAUGCUGAAUAAUCGUCCGAUUACGUAUAUAUCAACAGACAUAACCGACCCACAACCACUUACGCCAUCACACUUACUAAACGGAAGGAGAUUGGAUUCGCUACCACAUCAAAUGGAUGAUAUUGAAAACUUUCACAAUUCUAACCAUUCGUCUUGUAACAAAAAACUUCAGAGACAACAUCAACUGAUUGAACAUUUUCGUACACGUUGGAGGAAUGAAUAUUUAACAUCUUUAAGAGAAUUCCACCGUGCAACUGGUAAUAACGUUCAAACUAUUGAAGUAGGAGACAUCGUUCAAGUUCACAACGAUUCAAAUAGACUUAUGUGGAGGUUAGCCGUCGUGAAGGAGUUGAUUCGUGGAAAAGAUGGAUUUAUCCGCACUGCUAUCAUCAAAACAGAUACUGGUAUUACAAACCGACCAAUUGUUAAAUUAUAUCCGUUGGAAUUACAAGGACCAACUAGUGAAAAUUGUAAAACGCACUAUUUACUUCGUUCCCGCCAAAAGUAA